CGUUCAUGCAGAUGGACGUAGAACGCGUGCCCACCAGCUCUGUUAACGAAUGUCCAUUCGGAUGCUAGUGCGGGGAGGAGGCGACCGGUUCGCGGUCUCACGCCCGGCCCGACCUCACCGUUCACUGUACGCAACGGAUCUCGUUCUGAGUGCAUCUUCGUUACAAAUAUGUUGUAUAAAGACAAUGCGAAUAUUACAACCAGAUAGCCGUUCUGAUUAAGGACUUGUGCUCGUUCAUUUUGAUAUCGUCUCACUGGAUGUGAAAUAUGUUGGCAUGCACCGCUAGGGCCGCUAGGGCUCGGAGAAGGCACCAGCGGCUUCGCGGCUAGCAUGGCGGAAACAGCAUCGGUUUCUCACAACCCCAAGUACAUGCAUAAACGUCGUCGGCUUUCACGUUUACUAGACAAACUCGCCGUUCAGAUACGCAACAACAACCACUACCCUCGCUGGCUCAUGCUCGACUCCAACUGCAACGAGGCCAAGUCAGAAGACGCACCUCUCGAUCUCUCCUUGAAAUCGGAGACGCCGAAAGUCGCCAAUGAGACCAGCGGCUACAUGUGUAACACGUGCGGUCAAACUUUCGCCGUUCACGACCGCCUCGCCAAGCAUGUGGCCUCGCGACACAGGGACAGGCCUCCGGAGGCGGCCCGCGCAUACGAGUGUGAGAUAUGCCGGCGACGUUUCGCCCGCUCCGACAUGUUGACGCGGCACGCACGGCUGCACAGUGGCGUUAAGCCGUACUCUUGCUCGGCCUGCGGUCAAGUAUUCUCGCGAUCAGAUCAUCUCGCCACGCACCAGCGCACCCAUACCGGCGAGAAACCUUACCGCUGCCCGGCCUGCCCAUACGCAGCCUGCCGCAGAGACAUGAUCACGAGACACAUGAGGACCCACACCCGAAAACCUCAACCCGCUGAAAUUUAAACGACCAUUAUAUCCGGACCCGUACGAUGACUGGCUUUACAAUUGGACACGAUUUGUCUUCGGGCGUCGAGGCUGGCUGGUUGUGGUAUUUAUCUGUUUACUUAUUAAUUGAUUAUUAGUUUUAUACUGUUACUAUUUUGUAAUUAUUUUUAUUCGUCUUUAUAAUAGGGCUGGCACUUCGGUAGACUCCUGUGUCGUUGUAGGUAAGGAAGGACAUAUCACAUUGCUAAUUACUGCAGAAGCAGCGAAUUCUUUUUGGGCGAUUUUUCUUAUUAAAUUUUAUUAUAUGUAGAAUAUACUCUGCUUAGCGCAAUGCGAUGUGUCUUACCUAUGAAAACGAAGUUAAUUUUGUUGCUCUUGUAUUUAUUAUAUAUAAAUACUUGGUUGAAAUCGUUUAUUACAAUCAUUGACUUAUUCUAAUAUUUUUUUUACUAUCAAGUAGGAAAUAUGCUUUAUUGUUUUAUAAUAUAUAUAUAUUAAACUAUACAUACGAUUUCCUUAACGAGAGACUUUUAUGUGUUUAACAUGAGAGCUUUGCGAUUGUUACUCGGCGCCUUAAGGUACCAUCAUUUAUUCCAUAUCACAUUUUAAUUUUAAGUUUUUUUCGUUAUCUCAGUUAAACAUUCUUCGUUAAAGACGUUAUCACAAAGGAAAAUCAAUGUUUUACGUGUAUUAUUAGUGUUUGUUACAAAAAAAUAUUAAGUCUCUUUUUAUUGUAGUGGAUUAAAAAACAACAACCAAGAGACUAUUAAAUAAUUCUCAGUUGAUUAAUUACGCUUCAAUAUAUAUGUAGGUGAAACAUAUCUGGGGUUUCCUUUGUAGUUUAUUUAGUUUUAUAGAUAAAAAAUAACCUUGAAUUAAAAGGACCGUCUACUAUGAUUUCGUAUUUUGUAGAUGAUUAGCAGCCCACCGUAUUGUAUUGCAAUAGGUUAUGUGCAAAACUUAUUGUCAUACAGGUGUAUGUACCUAGAAACGAGUCUAUUAAUAUAGUCUAAAAGUACGUAAGCGUACAAAUAUUUUCAUCGGACAUUAAAAAAAAAUUCGGAAAGCACAUUUUUUUUUUUUGUUAUAAAUCAGAUGGGAUAAAAACAGACAUUUAUUUAUUCGUUUACCUACCUACUUGAUGUCUAAUUAGAUUUUUAAUCUAGAGUAAUGUUACAGCCAAUAAGAAGAAUUUAAAAAAAAAUCCCUAUUUCCUAUUAGUGUCAAUAGAAUUCUUAAAAUCAAUCUUAUAUGGAGGAAGAAUCUUGAAAUGUCUAUAACUUAAAAUUUCAAUCGGAUACCAAACUAUUGUAUCAUGAACUUUGCAUUAUUAUACUCAGCUUUACCAUGAAGUAUUAUCUAUAGUUGAAAAUUACCUAAUCGUAAAAUUUAUCUUAAUGUUGAUUCUUGAUAUAAAAAAACCAUAUGUAAAUACUUUACCUCACUAAUUAUUUAUAUUUAUGUUCCCAAAAUAUGUAUGUAACAAAAUUUGUAUGCACAUAAGUAUAAAGUUUUCCAAAAAGUUACUCUCUUAAUUAAUUUUAGGUGUCUAUAAUCUAGGUUUAAGAUAUUCUUAAUAUAUUUUGUUUGUCUGUGAUAAGUUUUUUUUUUCAGUUAGUUUAAGCUGUGUGGACAAUAAUAUAUGAACUUAUUGUUAUCUGUUUGGUUUGUAUUCGAUUUUAUUCUUUAGUGAAAACCAGGUUCUUGGUUAGUUGAUCAUAACUUUAUAGAUAGCCUUUUUUCUGACUUCAACCAUACCAUCAGAUAAUAAAAUUUACUGUUAUUUAAAUUUAGAAAUUCGAGAAAGCUGUUGUUGCUACAAAAUGACAAUAAUGUUUCGACCGUCUAUGAGUUAAACUAGUUGUUGUUGCACAGUUAGAAUAAGAUUUUUUCUAUAAAACGGCAGGAAAUUCCUCUAAAAUGGGCCCUUUGAGCUAGAGGGCCCAUUUCUUAAUAUGCUACGACCCUGAUGAAAAUUAUAUCUUCAGUGAUCUGUUAAAUUAACAAUCGUAGCCGCCUUCUUGAAAAAACAUUUUUGACUUCGGUUUAAAACGUAUUUUCAAAUGCUAAAAACACAGUGUACUGUUUAAAUCCUAAUGUUUUUGAAUACAGCUAUAUUGCUAAAUGAAAAAUUUCAUAAAAACUACUUUCCGUAGUAUAAUAUUACAAUUUAGUCUACAUGAAUUCAAGACAAGUUUCCUGUCUGUCACUGAAGCCUGUAAAUUCAAAAAAUUCUAUUCAAGCGAGAUUUCGGAUGUGUUAGGCAUGUAAAAAAUAUAUAGUUAAGUUUUUAUUAUUAUAAUUAUCAUAUUAUAAUAUGACAAUAAAACAAAAUUGUUACAGC